CACGUACAAGUCACCUGACUCGCUUUGCAAAAGUUGCCCAAGGUGGUUUCAUUAUUGGACGUCAGACAAGUGGAUGGGUACACACUGCGGUUGCUAAUAUCUUACAUCAUGAGUAAAUAUCGCAGCAGCAUUAUGUAUGUCAAGUAGUGUAACUAUCGAUAACAACUGCGCAGCAGGUAGUAAUAUGGUGGAAUGGAAUAAGCAGGCGUGACAUUUCACAACGUAAGAAGGUCACAGAUAACGAGAUAAUUCCACGACAAAACAUCCGUCAUUUGAUGACAAAGUUACCUUCCCUUAUCAUAGCACAUAAUCAGGGAAACGACAUUAAAAGAUUGACAAAAAAAUCCCCAUUCGUUUUAAACACAUGAAUGUUAUGGAGGAACUCUGAUGAAAAUCAUACGUUUUGUCAAAGAUAUUGAUGCCGCUUGCGAACACAUUGUUUUAGAACAGUGACAACUCUCCCAGCAGCUACGACAUGGCUUACAGACAAGCAGUAACAGGUGAGGACAUUCUUGAUCUCUUACGUAGGAUACAGUUGUCUCCAAAGUCAACGCUACCACACAAUGUAUUGGAAUUGACUGAGCUUGGCAUAAACUACACUGAUAUAGACAGUCUACCAGAGUCCAUUAGCGAAUGCAGAAAAGUUAAGAAAAUUUUUGCCAGAGGUAACAAGUUAACUUCUUUACCGCAGUCCAUAUCCAACCUGCCACAUCUCACAUUUUUACACCUAGACGAAAAUAAGUUCACUGCAUUCCCCACAUCACUGUAUAGUCAUAAUAACCUCCGCAAGCUUUACCUAUCUAACAAUCAAAUAUCGGACAUAUCGGACGACAUCAAUAGGAUGGACGAGCUUAGCGUAUUCUGGCUCAGUAACAAUGCCUUCACCACCUUCCCUGCAGCGUUGUGUGGCAUGACUAACCUUACGGAGCUGCACCUAGAAGGCAACCAGCUAGCUGAUGUACCUAGUGAGGUUAGUCAGAUGGAGAAGCUUACAAAAUUCUUCCUGAGUAAGAAUGCCUUCACAACAUUCCCCAUAAAUUUAUGUGGCAUGACGAAUCUAAAGGUUCUCCACAUGGAAGAAAACAGAAUUUCUGAAAUCCCAGGGGAGAUCAAUAAAAUGGAACUGCUUAAGUUACUUAACCUUGCGUCUAAUAACAUCACUCACCUGCCGCCUCAGAUGAAAACUAUGAAAAACCUAACAAAACUUGACGUGGCCAAAAAUCCACUGGUACAACCACCAGAGGACAUUGCAAGGAGAGGAGUUGAUGCAAUCAGGAAGUAUUUUGAGGCAUUUACUGACCUACCCGGACGUGGAUUGGCUUUCAUCACUAUAGCGGAGGGCAGAGGCAAGAAGGCUAGCACUGAUGUGAAGAGGACCAUUCCUGAAAAGUUGAAAAAUGAUCUCUUACAAUUUGAGUUUGUCGACAUGUUUGGUUUUGGACAGGACAGCUUUCAAAUAUAUGUCUGCAGAAAGCACUUUGAAAGUAACACCGAUCUUGACGUGAUAAACAAAUUGAAGACCUUAGUGGAGGAACAUGGGGUGGAUGGCAAAGUAGUAGCCCACAUAUCGUCUGCUCCUCGACGGUUAUCAUAUUUCUGUGGCAAGGAGCCACCCUGGCCAGCAGUAAAAAUUGUAAAAGAAAAUAAUAGAUAUGGAUCCCUUGGCAGUUACUGUCGCACAGAUGAAGCGGAUUCUAAAGUCUAUGUCCUCACCAAUGCUCAUGUCGCCAGCGAAGGAGAUAUAAGGUUGAUUCAGCCUGGUGGAUCUCAAGUUCAGAGUGAUAAUGUAUGCAUGCAUCAGCGUGUUGGUGAAUGUAAUUGGAGCAUUUCUACAGGCACACCUUCUUUUGUUGACAUCGCAGCCAUAAAUGUCCCAAGCCUUGGCCUUCGCCCUGGGUUUGAGAGUGGCCCCGCAGUUAGCGUCUUUAGUGGGGAUAUUGAAAGCGUUGUCGGCCAUCCCGUCUAUAAACAUGGUGCCCAAUCGUAUCGUACUAAAGGGACAAUUGUAGGUAUCGAUUUUGUAUCGCGUGAUGAAAAUGCAGGUGUCUGUAAAGGGUUUCUUCGUGUGCAAGGUCAGAAUGGCACUGCUUUCGCUAGGCCUGGUGACAGUGGUUCGCUGGUUCGCUUGGCAGAGGACAAUAAACCCCUAGCUAUGAUUUUUGGAGGUGACAUAGAAAUGAGAGAUGAAGGAAAUGGAAAUCAUCAGGGCGAUGAAGGAAAUUCUAAUAAUCAGGGGGAAACCGCAUGUUUUUUAUUUAGCGAAGGAUUAAUGAAGUUAGAAAGAGAAUCGGGUAAAAAAUUUCUAAUGGUGGAUGAAACGCAACUUCAGUGCUUGAUUGAAAAUUUCAAUGGGUAAUGUUAGUCUCCUACAAAACGCUUUUAGUCAAAUGCAAUCGUAAUUGUCAGAUGAUUGUACUGCGGAGUUUAUCUGGCAUUGUAUGCGGACAUAUGUUGUAUUCAGGUAUAUGGCAUUUCAAUGAAAUUUAAAUUUGCAUAAUUGUACCACUACUAUUGCAUGUAUAUGAAUCAUUUUGAAUGUUUGAGUGCAGCAUUCCAAUUCCCAUGUUGUUUUCAUCACCCUGCGUUUGAUAUUGGCAAAACUAUAACUUUUAUUAGCAAGAGCAAAGCCAUGUUGUGCUGUUCGUUUAUAAGGAUACAGCAGGGGGAUUUGCCACUACUAUAUACAACAGUAGAGCAGAACAGAGUGUAUUUUAUAUAAAUAUCUCUUGUAGAAUUCUAGGGCUCUGGUUGGCCAGUUGCAAUGCCCUAUUCUGUAUAGUAUACACAUGUUAACAUGCCACUCAUUAUUACCAUUAUACAAUGGAUGAACUUGUUUGUUGGCCUCUGAUUGGACGGCUACCGUUCUUUGCUGAGUGACAUUUUU